CAUUUACUUAUUAAUUCAUUCGAAUGGGGACCGUUAAGUGACAUUAGGAGCAGUAAAGGCUCUGUUAUGGGUGUGCGCCAAGUUUUGAGAUUUGACGAAAAGGAGAAUGUAUCAAACUGCAUCCAGCUGAAGACAUCGGUUAUUAAAGGUAUUAAGAAUCAGCUCAUAGAUCAGUUUCCUGUUAUUGAACCAUGGCUAAACCAGAUUAUGCCAAAGAAGGACCCUGUCAAAAUAGUAAGAUGUCAUGAACAUAUAGAAAUCCUCACUGUGAAUGGGGAGUUGCUGUUCUUCAGGCAGAGAGAAGGGAUUUUUUACCCAACACUAAGGCUACUCCACAAAUAUCCAUUUAUUCUACCACAUCAGCAGGUCGAUAAAGGAGCAAUUAAAUUUGUACUAAGUGGAGCAAAUAUCAUGUGCCCUGGCCUGACAUCUCCUGGAGCAAAACUUUACCCUGCUGCCAUUGAUACAGUUGUUGCAAUAAUGGCAGAGGGAAAGCAACAUGCAUUAUGUGUGGGAGUAAUGAAGAUGUCAGCUGAGGACAUUGAGAAGGUUAACAAAGGGAUUGGUAUUGAAAAUAUCCAUUAUUUAAAUGAUGGCCUUUGGCAUAUGAAGACAUACAAGUGAAGCAAAAGGAACUGUGUUACUCCAAAGGAAUGCACUUAGAUUAAAUGUGGACUGCUUUGUAAUUCCUUUUGUUUUUAAUGUGACUGAAUGUACAAAUUACUUGUUCUGUGGCUAUGCUAAAUAAAUCAAGUGAAUGCGAAAGUACUGUUAGGCUACAAUAGUUUUCUAGGUUUUUUGUUAUAGUUCUUAAUUGUUUUGUGCUAAACCCAAGUCUUCAGUCAUAGAAGAUACCUGACAAAGAUCAUGCAUAGACUGUGAGUAGAAUGUUUCAAACUAACGAGGAGAAAGCCAAGAAAUGUUUACAUUUUAUGCUCUUCUAACAGAGUAAUAUAAAGCAUUUAUGAAAUAUAAUUAAUACAGUGUAUACAACUGACACUUUAGGGUUUUUUGCUUCUAAAUAACAUCUCUUUAGUCUACCUGUUUACUGAAAAUGGAAACUUUUUUUAAACAGUUAUUUUUAAUCUAAUUUAUUAACAGCAUUAACUUGAGUUUUUUACUUCAGAAUUUUCUCUUUUUAAGAUGCAUCUAUCGGCAUAGGAUUAAUGAACUUCAGUUAGGUUUUUGAACUAUAAAUUCUUUUUAGCUAUCUCAUAUCUAAGGAACUUUUAUGUUUGAGUUUCUACCUGCCAACACUGAUAUCCCUCUCUUUACAGUGGAAUUCAUAGUAAUGGUGGACAUGCUCCAAACGGAAUAUGUGCCAGUCGGUGCCUGAUGCUCUACUCCCUAUUUGCCUCCUUAUUUUAGGAGCAGAAACAGACCCACUGCAUAACAAAGGCAUGAUAUUAAAGUAUGGUUGUUGGGGUAGCCGGGAGUUCCUUCUCCAGAUGGAGCUGCAGAAGAGGGGUCUGUUUGUGCUGGCUGCCCUGCACACGUGUGGCUGCAGCACUCGCUGAAGAGCACUGUGCUUGUCCAGACACAGUGUCCCCACCUCUGUUCAGUGACUGCAGACCCAGAGCUGUGUGUGUGGAAAACAGCUUGUGCCCUGGAAUUGUUUAAUAAAGUAAGGAAACUUUAAGGUCUACCACUCAUCACUCUGUCUCUGGAAGCAUUUAUUAAUAUUUCAAGCC